AUGGGAAUUGAUGAAUUUAGCGACUUGAAGUCGAAAAUGGACGGGUUCCAAACGAAAAUGGACAAGUUUCUAGAAAAGAGCAGAGAAGAGCUCAGUGUGAAGACAGAGCGGUACUGGGGUGGGGAGACUGAGAAGCUGAGGCUUAUUGAGACACUACGUGGGAAGUUAGAAGAGUUGGAAACACGACGUGUGGAUUUGCGGGAGGAUUUCGAGAGUUCACAACGCGAAGCAAACGAAGCGAACGCGCAAAGUAAAGCCUACCAUACAAAGCUCGAAAAGCUCAAGGAGGAGCGAGACUUCUUGAGAAAAGAGGUCGAAAAGCUGGAGGUGUUGCUACACGAGCAAGCACGGGAUUUGGAACGUGAGAAGGAGUCCCGUGAGCUCCAAAGUGGGCGAGAUGAGGCUGAAGUAGAGGCAUUUGAAAAGUUGUUGGGAUUGAGCAUAUCGGCGUCUGUACAGGAUGUGAUCACCUUCACAUUUACCGGAGAUUCGAAUUGCUGGAUCAGUUUGGAUGUCUCUGGCGAUGGAUACAAAAUCGCAGCCUCGCAGCCCCAGCUGCCGCAUGUUGCUGAGAAGGAUCUUGUCGACCAACUGUCGGCCACGGACGACCUUCGGGUUUUCCUAAAGAGUGCACGCUCACUGCUGCUUUCAGUUUCCUGA